AUGUUCCAGCAACAGGAAAACAUGGGCUUCCCCACACGGGUCCACUCUCCCGUGGGUGGGAUGCCAAGAAGAGUGCAUCCAGGAGCUGUGCUUCUGUCUCCGCAGUCGACGGCCAUGAACAACACCCACAGCUCAGGAGCUGCAUGUGAGAAUGGCAGUGGCUCCCAUAUGCCACUCAGCCCUCAGCCUUCGUCGCAGCAUCUUUCUCUCAACGACCUGUUAGAUCAGCAGCAAAACAUGCUCAUGGAUUCGCAACGCUCAGCAGCCGGACCUGCUGUCGUGUCCCCACUAUUGCAACCCAACUCAUCCAUGUUUUUAGAUUCGUUCACCAGGCCCACGAGCAGCAUUGGGGCUUUACCAGCACCGGCUCCCAACAACAUGGUCAAUUUCACGCACGAUGUGAGCCAACUUUGCUCGUGGAUGUUGAUGCUGUCGUCAGCUCAGCAGAACUCAGUUAUGGAUAAUCUUUUGUCUUCGUUGAACGAGGAAGUCUUGCAACACACCAAACUGAAGUUGGACAGUCUAAUCAGCUCCGGGUACAUUUCGCCCAGCGUGAGAUCACCACAUGUCAUAGCACCAAUGCCGGACAGAGGCCUUACACCGCAGCCUUUGACCUUGGACUCGCUUUUGAACAAUAACCUGGACCACAGCAUGAAUCGUCAAUGGUCCCCCAUACCUCAAAACCAUUCAAAUGGGCAGCCGCUUUACGACUACAUAAACGACCUCACACACAGGCCGCGCUCUGCUGACCCACAGCUUCGGAAGAAAUUUGGCACACCUGGAAAGCAGAUACCUAAAAAAUCACCGUCGCAACCGAAAAGUGCUCCGCACAAUGGCAUGAGCUCUCCCACGGGCUCAACGGGCUCUUCUUCUUCUUCUAUGAAUCCGAAGACAUUGACGGACCCAAAACUUUUGAACAAUAUUCCGGCAUGGUUAAAGUCCUUGAGACUUCAUAAGUACUCUGAUGCAUUAAACGGAAGGUCGUGGGUCGAAUUGAUUUAUUUGAAUGACGAUUCUUUGGCGGCAUUGGGCGUCUCAGCUUUGGGCGCCAGAAGAAAGCUUUUGAAAGCAUUUGCAGUCGUGAGAGAUCAUAAAGACCGUGGCUUAAUUGACUCUGAUGCAUUUUAG